AUGGCAAUUGCUACCAUGGUUUCUUCAAUCGACGUUGACUACGAAGAGUCUUCCCUUGGAGGCACCGACCCCCCUGAUGUUGAUGCCUCGACUCGUAUCAAUACUCAAACCCCGGUUGUUGACACCUCCAGUCUCAUCCAUGUUGACCCAUCCGACCUCACUGGUGUUGAAGUCUAUGGUCUUAAUGACAGAGAGCGAGUUGAGAGGCUCAGUCACACAAAUUCCGACUUUUUGUACGACUGCGAAAUCCGCGAACUGAUGAAAGCACCUCUCCUUGUCCGUUUCAACAGUCCCAGGAUCUUCUACCACAGUGGAACCUGGAGAGGGCGCUCUCGCCUUCAGUUCUGGCCCGUGUUGUUGGCUACCAAUAACCAUGGAAUCCGUUAUUUGUCCGACGAGACACUGUCCAAAGUUUUGCCGGGGUGGAAGCUAUACCUUGACCUGGAUGAACCCAAGAUGCCUCCUAUGCGUUCGCUACACCUCCACAAGCCUUGGUGGACAUGGAUCAAGCGCGAGCACAACAAGCUCAACGCCCUGCGGAAAAGCUGGCCCAGCCAACAUGACCCUUCGCUCAUAUCUGACAUGGGUCCCCGCACCCCUCUCAGUGAUCGCCUGAAGGAGGACAGUCCACAUAUCGUCUCUGCAGAGAAGCGGAGAGAGGUUCGCCAUGAGGUUGACUUUCCCAGUAAGCGGAGCGUGACCAGUCUCCAGAACAAUCUUCGUACACGAUAUGGGGCCAGCUCAGCCAAGUCCCGCGAGCGCCGUGCCACUGCACGGCGUCAUCGAAUCUUGGCAGACGAGCUCAUUACUACCGAAGCAUCUGAGCUGAAUUCUCCAGUUGCUAGAACUCCUUCUACCUUGAAUUGUCCAACGGAUCCAGCUCCAGCUCCAACUCCAGCUCCAGCGCUCCCAGGUCAAGGCUCUCUGACUACGACCAUGAGGUCUCAAGGUAGCCCAGUUGUUCAGACUCAAGUCCACCGGAUUCCUCCUGCUACCCAGGCUCAAGCCCCACCAUCUAGCCAGGGUCCAGGCCAUCUGCCAGUUCCAGGUUGGAUACCAUGGAACCACUAUCCAACUCCAGCACUGACUCUCGUCCCUCCGCACUUGACAUCCCCGAGUGUGCCUAGCGUGGGCGGGCGGGGGGCUGAGUCUGGGUGUGAGCUUAGCAACCUGCGGGAUGAGAUGUCUCAGCUCCGGAGCGAAGUGAGUGCGCUCCGAGAGAAAUGUGAGCGCUACGAGAACGACAUCCAGUGGCUCACAAACGAUCUGGGAAUCCACGCGACGUACAUCAGGGCCCAUCACCAGACCUUCUCAUGGAUUGGAGGGGGGGAUCACCCAGCAGUAUGGAGCGCUUCCAACCCAGGAUGCCUCAUCGGGUGCCCUUCCUGGUCCAACUGGCGGGAAUACCCUUCUUCCUCUCGCCUCUGGUCCUGCUGCUGGUAG